AUGUGGGUCGCCAGCUUCCGGAGCCUGAGUCUGGCCUUUGGCCUCCUCUGCCUUUUCACCUUCCUCUUCUUCCUCCAACUGCACCAAGAACUCUUAAGCUGGGGCCACCAGCAGCUGACCACGUGUCCCACGUGCCCAGAAGCUCCACCGGGCAUCAACUGCUCGCACUCCAACUCUGUCAUUGUCAGGGAUGUGCCCCGUGCCGCCCCGACCGGCAUCUGGACCAUCGUUCCCAGCGGCCGCCUUGGGAACCAAAUGGGUCAGUACGCCACGCUGCUGGCGCUGGCCCAGCUCAACGGGCGCCAGGCCUUCAUCCUGCCCUCCAUGCACAACGCGCUGGCGCCCGUGUUCCGCACCAGCCUGCCUGUGCUGGCGCCAGAGGUGGACAGCCAGACCCCGUGGCAGGGGCUGCAGCUGCAUGACUGGAUGUCGGGGGAGUACGAGCACCUGUCGCAGCCGUUUCUCAAGCUGUCGGGCUACCCUUGCUCCUGGACCUUCUUCCACCACCUCCGGGAGCAGAUUCGCCGCGAGUUCACCCUACAUAUACAUGUCCGGGACCAGGCGCAGGCCCUGCUGCGGGAUAUCCGCUUGGGCCCCCCUGGCCACCGCCCCAGCACUUUCGUGGGGGUCCAUGUGCGCCGCGGGGAUUACGUGAAGGUGAUGCCGGACAUUUGGAAAGGGGUGGUGGGUGACCGUGCCUACCUCCAGAAAGCCCUGGACUGGUUUCGCGCCCGCCACCCUGCGCCCGUCUUUGUGGUGGUCAGCAACGACAUGGCCUGGUGUCGGGAGAACAUCAACGCCUCCCGGGGCGAUGUGAUGUUCGCGGGCAACGGGAAAGAGGGCACGCCCAGCCGGGACUUCGCGCUGCUCACACAGUGUAACCACACUGUCAUGACCAUCGGCACCUUCGGCUUCUGGGCUGCUUACCUUGCGGGCGGGGACACCGUCUACCUAGCUAAUUUCACACUCCCUGACUCGCCCUUCCUGAAAGUCUUUAAGCCAGAGGCAGCCUUCCUGCCACAGUGGGUGGGGAUCCCCGCUGACCUGACCCCACUCCUUUAA